GCUGCCACUUUCAUUUGGCUUUCGAGUGUUAAGCGCAUCGGUUGCUAAGUGGUUGCUUAUUAAAAAUACUCCAGCAAUGAGAACUUCCAUGAGGAUUUCCCUGAGGCUAAUCGCACUCCUGGCUUGUUUCAUCUGCUCCCAGGCUUCGCUGGAAAGGGAGAACAACGAGGGCCCCAAUAUGGCGAAUCACAAGCUAAGUGGCGUUAUACAGUGGAAAUACGAGAAGCGACCAUUCUGCAAUGCAUUUACAGGAUGUGGACGAAAGCGAACGUAUCCCUCAUAUCCACCAUUCUCGCUAUUCAAACGCAAUGAAGUCGAAGAGAAACCCUAUAACAAUGAGUACUUGUCUGAAGGUCUCAGUGAUUUGAUCGAUAUCAAUGCCGAGCCCGCUGUGGAAAAUGUCCAAAAGCAAAUCAUGUCCCAAGCCAAAAUCUUCGAGGCCAUCAAAGAAGCCAGCAAGGAAAUCUUCCGCCAGAAGAACAAGCAGAAAAUGUUGCAAAAUGAAAAGGAGCUGCAACAGUUGGAGGAGCGCGAUAGCAAAUGAAUCGGAUAAAUCGGUAUUAUCGGAAUAAUCGGAAUGAUCGGAUUGAUGGAAAGUUAAUUGACUGCAUGGUUACCACACUGGUUUUGUUAUUGUACAUACUAUCCUUAUCCAUGACUCCUUGAAUUGUGAAGAAUUCUACAGCACUGGCAUUGCAUUCAAUAAAAAUUGUUGACCUCAA